UCCUCGCCGUUAAUUUUACUUUCCUCGCCGCUUCCCCAUUUCUAUUUUCCCCAACUCGCUCUCCUGUCUGCGUGGCUCACCAUGAACUCAGCUAUCUCCGAGCGAGUCGAACUCGCCAAACUCUGCAGCUCUCGCGACUGGUCCAAGGCUAUACGAGUCCUGGACUCGCUCCUCUCUCAGUCUUGCGCAACCCAAGACAUCUGCAAUAGAGCCUUUUGUUAUAGUCAAUUGGAGCUUCACAAGCACGUGGUUAAAGACUGUGAUAAGGCUCUUCAGCUUGACCCUAGGCUUCUUCAAGCUUAUAUUCUUAAAGGCAGUGCAUUUUCUGCAUUGGGAAGGAAAGAUGAUGCUAUUGCAGUUUGGGAGCAAGGAUAUGAACAUGCUUUACGGCAGUCUGCUGAUCUGAAACAAUUGCUGGAACUGGAAGAGCUUUUGAGCAUGGCAAAACCAGGCAAACAAGACUUAGGUUUCACCAGUGACAACCAUGUGGCAGACUCAAAGUUAUCUACCUGUGUAUCCUUAUCUGGACCUCAUAUUGAUGGGAAGUUAAAUAACUCUCUCAUGUACCAAAAUGAAUACAAUACCUCUAGGUUAUUCCGAGAGCAUAGCGUUGUAUCGAACUUCUGCAACACGCAUACUGACAACUUUGACACACACGAUAUAAAUAGUGAUGGAGAGAGAAGUAAGUCAUCAUUGUCUUUAUCUGAGUUACUACCUGACAGAUAUGACAUAACAUGUGAAAGUUUCAAAAAUCGCAAUGUUUUGGGUGAUGGAUCUAAGUUAAGUAUGGAUUCUGCUGAUGCUUCUGACAACAACAACAUUUGCCGUGAUAAUUUUUGUUUAGGAUCAAGUGAUCUAACCAGUACAAAUCAGAAGCUUUGUGGCCUGACAAAUGGAACUCAUAAUAAUUUUGACACACCUAGCUAUGCUUCUGAUUCAGGUACUGGUUUAAGUGAGAAAUCAGAGCAUUGUAGUGAAUCCUCUGCCAGUACCAGAAACUCAAGUGAUAUAACUGAAAGCCACAGUCUGCCAAACAACACAUUUGACCCAAAUAAUGAAAUCAGUGAUGAAUCCAAGAGGAGUAAGAAGUUCUGCGUUGCUAAGAUUUCAAAGACAAAGUCUAUAAAUGUAGACUUUCGCUUAUCAAGGGGUAUUGCACAGGUUAAUGAAGGAAAAUAUGCUUAUGCCGUAUCCAUAUUUGACCAGAUACUAAAAGAGGAUCCGACUUAUCCUGAGGCACUAAUAGGAAGAGGGACUGCAUAUGCUUUCCAACGAGAGCUUGAAUCUGCCAUUGCUGAUUUUACGAAGGCAAUUCAAUCAAAACCAUCGGCUGGUGAGGCUUGGAAGAGGAGGGGACAGGCUCGGGCUGCCUUAGGAGAAUCUCUUGAGGCAAUUGAAGACCUGACCAAAGCAUUGGAGUUUGAUCCAGAUUCAGCUGAUAUAUUACAUGAAAGAGGAAUCGUGAAUUUCAAGUUUAAGGAUUUCGAUGCUGCUGUUGAAGAUCUAUCUGCAUGUGUGAAGCUUGAUGAGAGUAACAAGUCUGCAUAUACAUAUUUGGGGAUGGCAUUAUCCUCAAUUGGUGAACAUAAAAGGGCUGAGGAGGCACAUUUGAAGUCAAUCCAACUUGACCGAAGUUUUCUUGAGGCCUGGGCUCAUCUUACCCAGUUCUAUCAAGAUCUAGCAAUCUCUGAAAAGGCUUUCGAUUGUCUUCAACAAGUUAUACAAAUUGAUGAAAGGUAUGCUAAAGCAUAUCACUUGCGAGGAUUACUACUUCAUGGGAUGGGAGAGCACAGGAAAGCUAUCAAGGAUUUAUCAAUUGGUUUGAGCAUUGAAAACUCAAAUAUUGAGUGCUUGUACUUACGAGCUUCAUGCUAUCAUGCUAUUGGAGAAUAUGCUGAUGCGGUCAAGGAUUACGAUGCAGCCCUUGAUGUUGAACUUGACUCGAUGGAUAAGUUUGUGCUUCAAUGUUUAGCCUUCUAUCAGAAAGAGAUUGCUUUAUACACUGCUUCCAAAGUCAACAGUGAGUUUUCGUGGUUUGAUGUUGAUGGAGAUAUAGAUCCACUGUUCAAGGAGUAUUGGUGCAAAAGAUUGCACCCCAAGAAUGUAUGUGAAAAGGUUUUCAGACAGCCUCCAUUGCGCGAUUCUCUGAAGAAGGGAAAGCUUAAAAAGCAAUAUAUGGCUGUCACAAAGCACAAGACUGCUCUUAUACUAGCUGCUGACUCAAUUGGCAAGAAAAUUCAAUAUGACUGUCCUGGUUUCUUACCCAAUAAACGCCAGCAUCGAAUGGCGGGAUUAGCAGCCAUUGAAAUUGCGCAGAAGGUGUCAAAAACAUGGCGGUCUUUGCAUGCGGAUUGGAAGCAUUCUAAUAGAAGCACGAAAAGUGGUAAGAGGCACCGAAGAAAGGAAAGAACCAGUUUAGCUAGCCAGAACAGAGGUGGUGCUGGUUGUAGUACAAGCAGUUCCUCAGAAACAUCUGCUUCAUAUGGCAGUACUGAAGAUAGAUCAUCUAGCCGUCCUAUGAUGUCAUGGCAAGAUGUUUAUUCAAUAGCUGUCAAAUGGAGACAAAUUUCUGAGCCUUGUGAUCCAGUUGUGUGGGUUAACAAGUUGAGUGAAGAGUUCAAUUCUGGAUUUGGUUCUCACACACCAAUGGUACUUGGACAAGCAAAAGUUGUCCGGUACUUCCCAAAUUAUGAAAGAACAUUAGAUGUAGCAAAGACUAUCAUGAGGAAUAAACUUUCUGUGCACAACAAGUCUGAUAAGCCUAUUGAUCUAUCCAAAGAGGGGAAGUUGGAAAAUAUUGAUCAUGCCAAAUCUUGUGAUGAUCUAUAUGAACUUGUGGGUGAGGAUUUCUGGUUGGCUACCUGGUGCAACAGUACAGCCUUUGAGGGGAAGCAACUUGAAGGGACUAGAAUUACCAUGGUGAAAAUGGGACAGCAGCGUGGAUAUGACUUUGCAAUCAGAACACCUUGCACACCCUCCAGAUGGGAGGAAUUUGAUGCUGAAAUGACCAUGGCAUGGGAAGCUAUUUGCAAUGCUUAUUGUGGUGAAAUUUAUGGGUCCACUGAUUUCAAUGCCCUUGAUAGUGUGAGAGAAGCUAUUUUAAGAAUGACUUAUUACUGGUACAAUUUCAUGCCGCUCUCAAGGGGCACGGCAGCAGUCGGCUUUGUUGUUUUGCUCGGUAUGCUUCUUGCUGCUAAUAUGGAGUUUGCGGGCAACAUUCCGAAAGGUGUGCAGGUUGAUUGGGAAGCCAUUCUCAACUUCAAUUCCAACUCCUUUGUGGAUUCUAUUAAGAGUUGGCUAUAUCCAUCCCUAAAGAUUAGCACGUUGUUGAAAGAUUUUCCCGAUGUGGCCUCAACUCUUGCAACAACAGGAUCAGUUGUUGCGGCUCUCAGCUCAUAUGAUGAUUGAACUCUUAACCUAAACCAGGUGGGUCACUUCUUACAAGUGAUUGAAAAUGUAUAAUCUCAUCCUCUCUUUCGUCAUCUUUUUAUCGAUCGUCUUAAAUGCCAAAAUUAGGCCUACUGAGCUUGGGCAACUAUAAUUAAAUAAUUUGAAGUGAAUUCUUAUUCUAUAGUUAUAGACUCGAAGUCAACUAGAUUUGUCAGGUACCGGUGUCAUGUGUUAAAUGUAUUUG